GAUACUAAAUACUAGCCAUAUCCCACACAGGCCUAUACUUUGACAACUUGUCAUACCAAAGCUCAGUAUAAUCGACUUUGACACUUUUUUCACCGGUCUAAAAUGAGUUAUUAUACAGCUUCAAAUUACAACAGUGAUACCCAAACUCCAUCGCAGAUGUCUCUCAACCCCCAGCAACAGACAUCUCUGGCCUCGUUGUUGGCAUCCGCUGCUUCGCAGCAGGCCCAGCAGAACCCUGCAGGACAGAACUUACAGGCAGCAAGUUUAGUGGGUAAUCCAAACAUGCAAUCUCCGAGCCAGAUUUACAACCACAUGGCCAGCAACUUAGCCGCUUCUGGCGCCUCUGCUGGUAACUACACGGCUCUGUCGACCUCCAACUCUUCCACGGGCUCUUCUACAUACCAGUCGUUGCUGCUUUCGUCGCCCCAGACCUCCGUGGCCUCUCUUUACUCGACCCAGAGAGCUCGUUUUAUGUCGUCUAAGGGCUUUGAUUUCGAAGACGACAUGGAGUUCUGUCCUGAGAUUGUCCACACGGGAAAGAGCAAGUUUAAUCCAUACACGUCGCAGACUUUCAGCCCAAACACUUCGCCAGAGGCCGCUGCCCACGCUCAGACAUCUCCCCUGAGCCCGGGCACGCAAGGCGUGCAAUCUCUGUAUUCUAGGUUUGCGCAGGCCACGCCUGGAACCCCAAGUGGUUCCUCUCCACGGCCAAGCACGCCCCGGACUAAGAAGGUGCUUGAAAUUGUAAAUCCGCACACAGGAAUGAAGAUUUCGCAGGGCAACGUUUCUGCUGUGAAAUGACUCCUUAUGACUGAAUGAUUGGGUUGGGAAUAUGCUGGGUUAUUGUAAAAUAGAUGAUAGAUGCUGUUUAAGUAUGUCUAAUAGUCG